AUGGCGCCACGAUCAUAUUCCAAGACCUACAAGGUCCCUCGUCGACCAUUCGAAUCGGCUCGUCUCGACUCCGAAUUGAAGAUCGUCGGUGAAUACGGUCUGCGCAAUAAGCGUGAGGUGUGGCGUGUCCAGCUCACCCUGUCCAAGAUCCGUCGUGCUGCUCGUCAACUUCUUACUCUCGAUGAGAAGGAUCCCAAGCGUCUCUUCGAAGGCAAUGCCCUGAUUCGACGUCUUGUGCGAGUCGGCGUGCUGGACGAGUCGCGCAUGAAGCUCGAUUACGUGUUGGCCCUGAACGUUGAGGAUUUCUUGGAGCGCCGCCUGCAGACCUGUGUCUACAAGCUCGGUCUGGCCAAGUCGAUCCAUCACGCCCGUGUCCUGAUCAAGCAACGCCACAUCCGCGUUGGCAAGCAGAUCGUCAACGUCCCUUCCUUCAUCGUCCGUCUCGAUUCUCAGAAGCACAUCGAUUUCGCCCUCACAAGUCCUUUCGGCGGUGGUCGCCCUGGUCGUGUUAGGAGAAAGAAGGCCAAGGCUGCCGAGAGCAAGGAGGAGGGUGGUGACGAGGAAGGUGACGACGAGGAGUAG